AUGGAUUCUUCUAGAGAAGCACGUUUCAGCAAAAUUCCAACAAAGCGAUCAUCAGUGGCGUCCCACAUUCCAUUGGAGGUAAUCACUGAAAUACUUGCCAAACUUCCUGUGAAAUCCUUGUUGAAAUUUCGAGCUGUUUGCAUGUCAUGGUGCUCCUUAAUCUCAUCUAGGCAAUUUGUCAGAAAACAUCUCUCAAGAAAUAUUACUAGUACUCCCAAAAGGCUAAUCCAUUUGAGAAGUAACGACUUGACGUUUUACUCUCUACAUGAUUCAGUCCUAGUCGAGGAAAGUUCAUCAAUCGAGUUCCCGCUGACUCAAAACUACAACUUAUACUGUGGCAUUAAUAAGAUGCUACCCGUACUACCCAGUUCUGCCGUUAUGAAUCUUAUGAUCAUGGGUUAUUGUGAUGGUUUGCUAUGUGUAAAAGCUUAUACUAGCUGUACGAGUCUGAUCUUUCUCUGGAAUCCAAGUAUUAGAGACUCCAAACUAUUGCCUUAUACUCUCGGAGUAAUUCAGAAUUAUCAUAACAUUACUUGCUGCGGAUUUGGUUAUGACUUCAAUAGAGACAACUACAAGGUGCUAAUAGUGGUUCCUCCAGUAGUGUCUUCUAAUAAUAGCCGAGACUCAAGCUUUAAAUCCAUGAUUUACACGUUAAGAACAAAUUCUUGGAGAAGAAUACAGGAUUUCCCCUUUAAUGAUAUAUAUUUUGAGGGGGCUGAUAUGUCUGCUACUCUUGUAAGUGGAGCUCUACAUUGGAUGGUGAGAAACAGAGAAGGAGGCAUGGACUCAUGGCAAAUAAUUUGUUUUGAUUUGACCACAGAGACAUACAUGGAAGUGGUAAAACCUGAUUAUUAUCGUGUCAAUCAGUUUCCUGGAGUUGGAAUAGGGGCCUCAAACACAGAUUGUUUAUGCUUUCUUGCUUACAACAGAGCUGGUCAAACUUAUGAGUUUUGGGUGAUGAAGGAAUAUGGGGUGAAAGAGUCUUGGACUUUAUCAGCCAAAAUCUCAUACUUAUAUGGCUUGAGACCAGUGACAUGGUUUACUGAAAAUGGUGAAAUUUUAUUCAUUCAUAUAGAUGGGAAACUGACUAUUUACAAUGUAAACUACAAUUCGGUUACGUAUCUGCAUCAAAUACCUAAUGGUUAUUCAAGUACUCGUGGUGAUGUCUACGUUGAGAGCUUAGUUUCACCCAAUGCUUACAGUGACGACGGAGCCAACGAUAUUAGCUCUUUCAAUAUCCAUGUAGGAGGAAUGAGAAGAGUACUGCGGAAUGCGUAG